CAGCGAGGAAGUUUCCCCACAAUAUCUGUCGCACGGACGGUUGUGCGGAUUGUAUCCUUUCAUAGUGCUCCCAUUGUCCCCGCACUGCAUUCUGGGGCUCCGUGUGACACCUGCCGCCCCGUUCAGGUAAACGGGAGGCGGUGAAUGCCCGCUGCAUCCGAGCCGCUCAGGUCGGAUUUCUGCGCUUUUUUCAAAGAAAGCGACAGCGGGGGUUUCCUCUCUCUCCAUCGUUUCUAUGAGGUAUUGUUGCAUAUCGCCUCUCCGGAGCUAAACGGGACAGUGCUAUGAGGACUCUCCCCAAAAGCAAAACUUGCGAAGUGUACUGCGUCUCUGGGCAUGGACAUUCAGGCUGCACCGCACAGGGAGAGGGGCAGUUGAAGGAGCCCACCCAGUCACUGAGCCCCCCCACGAAGCCUAAGAAUCAGGCAGAGCAGAAGAUAGAGGGGGGGCGAGCUCCAGCCUGUGGCUCCUGGAGGAGAUGGAUGUUAGGUGUCCUGCCUUUCUUUCCCUUCGCUGCUGCCAUUGCACUGACUCUCCACUUCUUUACAUCUCCGCCCUCCUCAGUGUUCUUCCUUGGUGGCAGCCUGGAGUUCCCAAACCUGAGCUUCUCCUCAGAGCUGACUAACUCCACCUCCCCUCAGUUCCGCCUGCAGGCUCAGGCUUUGAACCAUUAUUUCUCAGAACUCUACGAUUCCUCGCCGUGGAGUUCUUACUACCUGCACUCAGGAAUUACUGCUUUUAGUGAAGGAGCGGAAGGGCUCAAUGUCUUCUACUGGAGUAAAUUCUCCGCCCCGGACGACGUUGCAUUGGCGAUCCGGAGGUCCGGCCCAGAGAGGCUGCAGCGCAGGCUUCCUGGCAGCAACAAGGUGCUGCGGGACAGCCGCAACGAGCAGCGCUAUUACAUGGAGCAAGAUGACGACAUGCUCCACCUGCUGGGUUUGGACCCUGAUGACUUUGAAUCAGAAGAAAAAUCAGACAAGAGUAAGAAUCCAAACAGCAUCCAGAGUGGGAAGUGGCAGCUUGGCUUCCAAGCGAUGUCCUUUGACCUCUAUGCCAAAUAUGGCAACAACCGCACCCUGAGCCUUGUCAAUCCCAAGAAGCCGUACUACCAGUGGCGUCUUCGCGUGCCGUCAGGUCAUGUGGUCCGACUGGUCAUCCUCACCCUGCAUGGUGCCACGCCAGGAAGCUGCACUGCCCACAAGCUCUCUGCUUACGACUUCUUACUUCCAUUACAGAACAAGAUCAUCGCACGGUGGUGUGGGCUGCCUAUUUCGGGUUCAUCCCCUGUUAUGAAGCUGACAUCCUCUGGAAAUGUGAUGUUGGUCACCUUCUCCUUCAGCAGACAGCGGGAUGGAGCAAUCUUCAAAGCUUACUUCCAGGCCAUCCCAAAAGCAGGUUGUGGAGGGUCGAUUUCCUCCUGGAACGGCUCUAUUUCCUCUCCCUACUACCCUUCCUAUUAUCCUCCUAACAUAGACUGCACCUGGACACUUCGGGCGCCGUUGCCAGGAUACCUGAUCUCCAUGACGAUCGUGACGAUAGACAUUCAGGAUUCCUCGUCAUCAGACGGCUGUGAAAAAGACUGGCUGGACAUCGGAGGGGUCAAACUGUGUAAUCCGGUGUCAGACAUCAGCAAAAAGCGAGUCUACUCCUCUCCUCUCUCCCUCCACUUCCAUUCGGACGAAUCUCUCACUCACAAGGGCUUCUACUUGCUCUACCGAGCCUUCUCUCCAGAGGGUACCUGUCCUCGGCAUUUUCGCUGUGGAGAUGGACGCUGCAUCCCUCUGAGGAAGGUGUGUGAUGGAGUAAAAGACUGCUUAGAUGGACGAGAUGAGGCUAAAUGCUCAUCCUGCAGGCCAGGUGAAGUGCUGUGUAGGAAUGGCCAGUGUAAGCCUCAAAGCAGCCAGUGUGUGAGCCAGAGCAGCUGUGCAGACAGCAGUGAAGAGGGUGCCUGUGGUAAAUGUUACCAUGUGUGUCCCAACAAUGUCUGUUUGCCAAAGUCUUCAGUGUGUGAUGGUGUUAUUGACUGCAAAGACCGCAGCGAUGAACUCAACUGUACCAGAGCGUACCUUAAAGGCUGCUCCUCAUCCUCAUACAAAUGUGCCAACGGAAAGUGUCUAAGUAAGGUUAACCCUGAGUGUGAUGGAGUCAAAGACUGCGUAGACGGCUCUGAUGAACUGCGCUGUGGCUGUGGCACCAGGCCCAGGAAGCGUACUAAGAUAGUGGGUGGCUCUGAUGCUGUGGCUGGGUCGUGGCCAUGGCAGGUCAGCCUCCAGAUGGAUCGCUACGGCCACGUAUGUGGAGCCACACUGGUCGCCAACCGCUGGCUCAUCUCUGCUGCUCACUGCUUCCAGGACUCAGAUGCCAUUAAAUACUCAGAUGCCCGUGCAUGGCGGGCCUACAUGGGAAUGCGUGUGAUGAAUACGGGGAACAACGGCGCAGCCACCAGACCAAUACGCCGGAUCCUCCUCCACCCACAGUAUGACCAGUUUACCUCUGACUACGACAUCGCACUUCUCGAGCUCAGUGCUCCUGUCUUCUUUAAUGACUUGGUGCAGCCCGUGUGCGUCCCCGCGCCCUCACACACCUUCACGACGGGGACCAACUGCUACGUCACAGGCUGGGGGGUACUCAUGGAGGACGGUGAACUGGCCUCUCGCUUACAAGAAGCCUCAGUGAAGAUCAUCAACAGGAACACUUGUAACAAGCUGUAUGAUGAGGCUGUCACUCCCAGGAUGCUGUGCGCUGGGAACCUGCAGGGAGGGGUGGACGCCUGCCAGGGUGACUCAGGAGGUCCGUUGGUGUGUCUGGAGCGAGGCAGGCGGUGGUUCCUGGCGGGGAUUGUGAGCUGGGGUGAGGGCUGUGCGAGGCAGAACCGUCCCGGUGUCUACACACAGGUGGUCAGGUUCACUGACUGGAUCCAUCAGCAGACUAAAGGACAGGUGUGACUGAACACCACACUCACAUGAAGAAAAAGACUUAACACACAGGACCAUGGUUUUAGACUUGGAGACCAUCUUCAGAUGGUUGUCAUGAUUGAAUGACAACACAUUCAGUCAGUUUUUGGAAGUGAGUCCAUGGCAAUGACCAGCAGGGGCAUUAUCCCUGCUCCACAUCAACCAGCUUCCCCUUACAAUCUCCAAACAUUGACAGUGGCUAUGUUGACAUGCACAAAAUGCAGUAACUAACCUGGUUAUUAAAUUCACUUUGAACCUGUGCAGAUUUCACAUGAUACUUUAAAAUAAAAACAUUUUAUUAGCUUUUAGUUUUCACUGUUUGCACAAAUGUAGACUGAACUAUGGGUCAAUAUUUAUGGCUCUACAAUUUUGACAGCGAAGGCUUACGUCUCCUUAAUCAAAUGGACAGAUGAAGCCAAAGAACAACAAAUAGCAAGUUUAUCCUGUGCGUGUAAAUGUAGCCAAUCACUUCCUGUUUUCCUACCCACCCUCUUAUUCCUGUCACAGCUACAUUGUUCACUACAGAUAUAGUGACCAUGUUAGGUGUUGCAGACAAAAAUCACAACAGUCCUUUUAUUGAACGUGGAAAGAGUUCUCUCCCCACACACAUGUAACCGUAUAUUUUUGCCCUUAUCUACAUUCGUCCAUGUACUGUAUGUGUGUUCAUGACCGACUGUAUGUGUUUAAGAGUUGUUAUUGUGCUGUAUGUGUAUGUAUGUGCAUUUGUAUAUCAUGAGUUUAUCCUUAUGUUCAAUAUAUUCUGUAACUGUAGAAAAGUGAAUAAUCCCUCAGUAGGAGGUGAUAAUAUAUUUUGCAUUUCACUUUUACUGUGAUUUAAUUUAUCUUUAUGGUGCCACCUUUGCACUUCAUGUUCCAUGAAAAGCAUGAUAACAGCUCCCCUAACAACCAUGAUGCAGUUGAUGCUGGCAUAAGGAACAAAUAAGUUUAUCAGGAGAAAACCUUACCAAUCUUUGUCUAUGCAGACACCCAUGCAUGUUCCCGUGUCUCCUGCUGCCCCUCACAUCACCACCCGGUGGCCAUUCUGCAUCAUUGUUCAUUUUAUGUCCUGAGGGAAUGAUGCACCUUACACCAAAAGGAUUUAAAACAUACAUUUUGCAUCAUUGUUUUAUGAUAUCAGAUAUGCUUUUA